UCAUCUUCCACACCCGGUUGUCACGUGCCCCCAGUGCGCGCUUUGUGUGUGUAGAAUUACCAGAAAGUCCCGGAAGAGGCACCGCUCGUGCAGUAUCGGAGCGAGAUGCAGGCUGGAGAUCAGCGUGUGAUCCAACAUCCUGAUGCACACACAGUGUUACCAAAGACACCGUGCAGAGAGCUUACACAUGUAUUAAGUUAACCAUCAAACCCAGUGACCAAAGGAUCAUCCUCCACCAUGGCGAGCCUGAACCCCGUCAACCCUUCGCACGCUGCAUUUGACCUCUUCGUCCAAGCCCAGCGUUGUAAGGAUGUGAAGCACCACUUUGCUGCGCUCUGCAAGCAACUGGACAUCGAUCCUAAGGACUUCAGGACCUUUUACAUCAAGUUAAAAGAAAAACUAAACUACUGGAAGGCCAAAGCCCUCUGGACGAAGCUGGACAAAAGGGCAUCGCACGCAGAUUACAAGCAAGGAAAAGCCUGCAGCAAAAACAAGUGUCUUGUGUUGGGGGCCGGGCCAUGUGGGCUGAGAACGGCCAUCGAACUGUCGCUGCUGGGGGCUCAGGUGGUGGUGUUGGAGAAGAGAGAGUCUUUCUCCAGGAACAAUGUUCUCCACCUGUGGCCUUUCACCAUUUGUGACCUCCGCGGGCUCGGAGCCAAGAAGUUCUACGGCAAAUUCUGCACUGGGUCUCUGGAUCACAUCAGCAUCCGUCAGCUGCAGUUGGUUCUAUUGAAAGUGUCACUUCUCCUCGGGGUGGAGGUGCACACGGGAGUGGAGUUUCAGGGCUUGAUUGAGCCCUCGGGAGAAAACGGUUGGAUGGCCAAGCUGCAGCCUGCGUCUCAUCCUGCUACAACUUUCCAGUUCGACGUCUUCAUCUCCGCCGGAGGAGGCAGGUUCGUCCCCGAUGGUUUUAAGCAUAAAGAGCUGAGAGGCAAGCUGGCUAUCGGCAUCACAACCAACUUCAUCAACAGACACACGGCUGAAGAGACCCAAGUAGCAGAGAUCAGCGGUGUGGCCCGCAUCUACAACCAGAAGUUCUUCCAAGAGCUGCUCACUGAGACUGGUAUUGAUUUGGAGAAUAUUGUCUACUACAAAGACGACACCCACUACUUUGUCAUGACAGCCAAGAAGAAGAGCUUGCUGAAGAAGGGGGUCAUUAAACAGGACUACAGCGAUGCAGACGAGCUGCUGGCUCCUGCAAACGUGGAUCAGGAGGCUUUGUGCUGCUAUGCCUAUGACGCUGCCUCGUUCUCCACAGGUGGUAAACUGCCUAACCUGCAGUUUGCUCAGAACCAUGCCGGUCAGCCAGAUGUGGCCAUGUUUGACUUCACUUGCAUGCAUCGUGCUGAGAACGCCUCUCUGGUCAGGGAGAGGAGGGGGAAGAAACUGUUGAUGGGUCUUGUUGGAGAUUGCCUGGUGGAGCCUUUCUGGCCUCUGGGCACAGGCAUUGCCCGAGGGUUUCUAGCUUCUUUUGACACAGCGUGGAUGGUGAGGAGCUGGGGCAUGGGGGUCCCACACCUCAAGGUCCUGGCCGAGCGAGAAAGUACCUAUCAAGUCCUGUCCCAGACCACACCAGAAAACACCAUAAAAAACUACGCCGGUUACAGCAUCGACCCCAAAACGCGGUACACGAGAGUCAACCUCUCCUCCAUCCAGCCCAACCAGGUGCAGCAUCUAUAUGAUGUUGAUAAAUCCAAUCCAUCGUCCAAGAAACAGAAGAACAGGUUUUCUUACAUGCGUCAAGAUUCCGUCAAUGGUUUUGAAGAGUUGUUGAAAUGGUGCCAGAAACACACCACGGGUUAUGAGAGUGUGAACGUAAAAGAUUUCACCCAAUCCUGGAGGUCUGGGCUGGCUCUGUGUGCGCUGAUCCACCACUUCAGACCUCAGCUCAUUGACAUGUCCUCCCUCGAUGAGUCCGGCGCUGUUCACAACAACCAACUGGCCUUCAGCAUUUUGGAGAAGGAGCUGGGCAUCCCACCUGUCAUGUCUGCCAGCGACUUAGCCAACAGUAAUCAGAUAGACAAGUUGUCCAUGGUCCUCUACCUCACCCAGGUUCAAAAUGCCUUCACUGUGCCGGCAAAAGACCCUGCAGCCUUCCUGUCGCCGUCCAAGCCUCUGACUCUCUCCCAGACACAGUCAGCUGUCUUCUUCCUGAGCAAGCUGAAGCACAACUCUCUGCAAAGACGCAAGGACAAGCUGGCAUCUCAGAAAAGAGAGCAAGAGACGAGGAUGGGAGAUGAGGACAGUACGGUGGUGCCGCCUGCGUCCCCUGAGCUCAGCCCUACACCUGAGCCUGAACCUGAGCCUGAACCUGAACCUGAGCCUGAACCUGGUGCUGGUGCGUCGAUGACAAACAGUAAGGAGUGUUACUUCUGUAGUCAGAGGGUCUACGUGCUGGAGCGCAUCAGUGCUGAGGGCAAGUUCUUCCAUCGGAGCUGCUUCACCUGCCAUCGGUGCGGCAUCACACUCAGACUAGGAGGAUACACCUUUGACCAGACUACAGGGAGGUUUUACUGUGAGCUGCACUCUGAAGAGCUGGAGCUGGAAAACGGGGCAGAAACAUCUUGUAAGGAUAGCGAAGGGACAAAUGAAAAGAAGAGGCUUUCCAGUGAUGAUUAUACACCAUCUCCCUCCGAUGAGGAGUAUGAGCACACUCUGGACUGUGGUCCUUCUUCUCCCACUGAUCCUCCAUCUGAAACUGCGGUAGCAGCGCCCACUGAGGAGCAGACGGUGUCCCAUCCUGUCCCCAAGCCCCGCAGAUCACAGGUCACACCGAGCCCUCAGCCCUCUGCUCCAAUAGCGAAACCUCGCACAGUCCACCUCUUUAACCCCUCCACUCCAGAAAGACCCCCAACCCCUACGAAAGAGAUCUCCAAGGCAGCUCCGGACUCCCGCCCGAAGCAGUCACUUCGAAAGCUUCAGCUGACCGAUGAGGAGAAAAGCCAACUAGUGAAUCUUCAGAGCCUCAGCGUGGACUCGGACUCGGAGACCCCCGGUGGAUCCUCCUCCUGCUCCUCUUCCUCGGCAACUGCAGGAGGUACAAGCCCUCCUAAACCAGAGGGCCUGGAUGGGCAAGAAGAGGAGGGCUACUGGAGUGGGAGCACCGCGGGUCACAUGCGAGAGAAGAGGAAUCGACGCUGCUUCAGGCGGAAAGAGAUGCCGAGCGGGCAGACGAAGGUACGAUCCAAAUUUUCCCCGUGGAACCUCUCUUCCCCGAGGAUCAGCAGAGACACCCGGCUCAGUGUCCUUGUUAAUCAGCCAGGGAGAGUGGAAACAACAUUCAGACACGCUCACAGCACCUCCGAAGAGGGCGUCGAUGGAGACGACGACGACGACGACGACGACGAUGACGAUGAUGAGAUGUUUGAGCGAGAUGACGUCGACUUGUUUAACGAGAAAUUUCAGACAAUGCCAUCAGAUCCUGUUGAGGCUGAGAAGAUGGAGCUGAUGAAGAUGAAGACACUGGAGCGGAAAGCCAAGAUGAGCGAAUUACAGCGACUACGCAAAGCCCAGUCCAUCCAGAGGAGACUGGAGGAGAUAGAAGUGACCUUCAAGGAGUUGGAGGAUAAGGGUGUAGUGCUGGAGCGAACUCUGCGAGGAGAAGCUGGCAGCAACGGCUCUCCUGAAAUGAUCGAGCAUUGGAUCCAACUCGUCCACGAGAAGAACGCGUUGGUGUCUGAGGAGUCCGACCUCAUGGUGGCGUCUCGGCAGCUGGAACUGGAAGACAAGCAGAGCAUGCUGGAGUCGGAGCUGAGGAAGUACAUGGAGCUGAAUGACAAGACACCAGAGCAGAAGGCAGAAGAAGAACGGGUCCUUCAGCAGAUGAUCGACGUGGUGGACAUGAGGGACUCCUUGGUGGCGUUCCUGGAGGAAAAGAGGCUGACUGAGAUAAGCGAGGAGCAAGAGGCCUUCUCCAUCAAGGAGGCCAAGCGGCACUCGACCGCCGGAGCUCAGGUUCACUGGGCGUAAGGCUGACACGCACACACACAAUAGCCGGCAUGAACCUCUAUGUACUGUACAGCAGAUGCCCUCGCAUCUACUGUAUGUGAGACUUGUUGCUUUCCGACUUGAGAUUUAACUUUUGCAAAAGCCAAAGAUGAUACAGAAUUGUUGUGGAGGGUAACCCACCACAAGCGGCCCCUCUUUGUACAACUAGGAUAAAGAGUCGAGGCUUAUGGGCCAGACGAUGAGUGAAUAUCUGUUGCAAUCCGGCCCCUAGAGGGAGACAUAAGCCCGGGGAUCUGAGGCUUUGAGUUGAUGCGUCCAAUACUUCUCUGGCUAAGCCCUGCCUGCCGUGUUAGUGGGUUCACAGCAACAGACCACACAUGGAAAAGGAACCCUUAAUGUCUGCUGCACUACUAACACCUCACAGCAAAUAAUCAAUACCCAGCCUGGGACUCGGCCUGGUUUUGGUGUCAGAAACGUGUGACUUAAGUGCAAAGCCAAGACUAGUCAGCAUAAAAUCACAGCGGUGGGGAAGCUGCAGCAGCUGGCUCCGCAGCCUUCACACAGAGAUCUAGGUUGAAAGCACAGGAUGGCGGUUUUUUUUUAAUACUUUAAAGAAUAAGUGCUACUGUUCACAAUGACAUAAUACACAUAUAACUAUGUUUAGUAUUUGUAUACUGAAUACAUCCUAGAGAUAUGUUGAUGGAAGGAAAAAAACGUAGUUUUAAAAUGUUAGAAUUCAAAAGUUGCGUUACAAGUAUUCAAUUUUAUUAUCCAGUUUACUUUUCAUCGAUGGAUUUUAUGGAUUCUGUAGCGCUCCCUGCUGUUCACCAUGUCCUUUUCCCGUUCGCACGUUGGAUAGUUAAUCUCAGGGGUUGAUCGUUCAGUCCUCUUGGAUCGGAGUUGGGUUUUCACCGUUGGCCUUCGACAGUCGGCCGCUCUUUAAGUGGUGCAUUAUAUUAACAAAGGGGAUUUAACGGGAGUUUAACAGCCGGUUCAUCUAUUUAUAAAUGCUAUCUUUUAUCAUUUGCAGGUGUUCCUAUUCAUGUGCUGGCAGAAUAGCUAAAAAUCCAGACAAAGACCAGUUUGUUGUUAGUGAGAAGGAGCCUUAAACAUUCAUUGUUCUGCUGCCAUUUUGUGCCACCUGGACGGCUCUUCACAUAUAUCAAAUAAAGAUCAUGCACUUUGAUGUUUUUAGUUUU